AAGGAAGCAGCACUGCUGCGCCAGCUGUUGGAAUGAGAAGUCUCAGUGGCUUCAUCACUUCACUGGGACAUUUUAAGCAGUGAUUUAACGCAUGGGAGCGGGAAUUUGUUACGAUUUGACAGUAACCGAUCAGCUCACUCCACAAAACGCCUUUGGGAUAUAAAUAUAAUGACGGAUGAACAACAACGGCAAACGCUGCUCAUCAAAUGAUAACUUGAAUUGUGUAUGUCGACGAGAUGAGAUGCAGCAGUCCAUGGAAGUACAACAGGGAAAUAUAUUUUUUUUCUUCACUGCAAAUCUCGUUGAUGAACAGUAACAGCUGCUUCUUAUCUUAACUCAAAUCUACCAACUGUUGGGUAUGGGCAGGUUUUUUGAUAGAAAUACCAUAACAGUAACGUUAGGCUAGCUUGCUAGCUAGCCACAUUCAGUAAUGUUAGCCUUCAUUGCCUAAUUUAGUUUGGUACGUUAUGAGUUUCCUACCUUGUUAAUCAUCUUAGCCCAUCAUCUAUGAAAACCCAGCAUUUUUUCUGGAUUGAGAUUUUCCCCAUUUGAAUCACGGGUUACAUCAUACAAUUGUGUAUUUACACCAAAGUUAGCUCGAAGUACAUUCUGGGAUUGUAACCUUCUUAAUGGUGUAGCUGACAUUUCCGCGUUAACAAAUUGAUUCGUUUCAAGCAUUUGAUUUGGGUACUCUUUAAUAAAUUGUUGGUGUAUCUGCAUGCUACACUAAGCAUGAUACAACUGACCCUGGUUUUCUAAAGGAAAGUUAUUCAAACAACACUCUUUGGGGAAAAGGAAAUAAUUUCGCAAGCUGAGCCCUGAGCGACAGUACUACAAUGGAAGAUGAAGUCUUUCAACAGACUAUGCAUAUUGUCAAUCUGCUCGUCACCUGGACAGCUGCCACAGCCAUCAUAUUUGGUGGGGUGGUGCCAUACAUUCCUCAAUACAGGGAGAUCAAGCGGACUCAGAAUGCCGAGGGGUUCUCCACCUAUGUUUGCCUUGUUCUCCUCGUAGCCAAUAUUUUAAGAAUACUGUUCAGGUUUGGGCGCUACUUUGAGACCCCCCUGUUGUGGCAGAGCAUCAUCAUGAUUGUCACCAUGCUGGUCAUGCUGAACCUGUGCACUGAUGUCCGUGUGACAGCCGAGCUGAACACAAAACGCCGCUCUUUCACAGCUUCAGAAAUUAAGGAUGAGGAGAUCAAACUCCCCAAGAAGCUCUUUUUGGACUUCGACUGGGGCCACUUCUGGUCUUGGAGCCGCUUCGCCGACUACCUGCAGUGCGUGCUGGCCUUCACGGCCGUGGCCGCCUACGUCACCUACCUGCUGCUGGACUCGGACGUGUUCGUGGAGAGCCUGGGCUUCCUGGCCGUGUUCACCGAGGCCAUGCUGGGCACACCCCAGCUCUACUGCAACUACCAGAACAAGUCUACAGAGGGCAUGAGCAUUAAGAUGGUGCUGAUGUGGACAAGUGGGGACACGUUUAAGACGGGCUACUUCCUGCUGACCGAGGCCCCGGUGCAGUUCUGGAUCUGCGGCAUGCUGCAGGUGUGUGUGGACGUGGCCAUCCUCUUCCAGGUCUACUACUACAGCCGCUACCCACAGAAGCCCGUGUCCCACACCGUGCACACCACCAGCGCCAAGGCGCUCUAAAACAGCACACACACACCCACACACACACACACACAUACACACACCGCCAGCAUCAAGGCGCUCUAAAACAACACCCACACACACACACACACACAUACACACACCGCCAGCAUCAAGGCACUCUAAAACAGCACGCAUCUCAUGCACGACGCACACACACACACACACACACCACCAGCGCCAAGGCGCUCUAAAACAGCAUACAUCUCAUGCACACAGGCACACACACACACACACGGCAGCAACUUCGUUACACACCCCAUAGUGUGCACAGCAGGCAUGAGCACACACACACACACACACACACACACACACACACACACACACACACAUACACACACACACACACACAGACUCACUCGCUCACUCACUCGUAUACUGAGACAAAGGUCAGGAAGACUGCCACACAAAGAUGACCUCCUGAACUCUUGUUACUGUUCUUUUUUUAUAUUUUCUUUUUGUUAGUGAAGGAACGCAAUCGUAUUUAUGGAGCUCUGGAAAUGUUUGCGUGUUGUGAGACAGUUGGCCACUAAACCUGUUUGCAUUAGUGUACUGUGCAAUGUAUGCAUACUCUUUUUUUUUUUCUCUAUCUAUCUGAAUUUAUAUAUUCUUGUGCAUGCAUACAAUCUGUGUCUGUACAAAUGCACUGCACACCUGGACUUAAGAGUGUUGCAUUCUGGGAAGUCCUCUGAGGACACACAGCCCACAACUGAUGAUUGUUGCAUGGACACUGUUGCCUUACAGACAUUUCUUUACAAAAAAGGGCUGUUUUUCUCCUUCUCUGAGGCUGAAAUGUAAUGUCCCCCACUAGCUCAUCCUGGCCUUGAUGAAUGUAUGGAGAUGGCUGUGAUGUCGCUUUUAGGCUAGCAUUGUUUUAUAUCCGCCGAGGACAAGACGGUCCAGUGUUUCCAUGGUCAGCUGCCGCACAUGCCCUCUCACCCAAAGGCCGACAACGAAGCAGGAGAUGGCAGGAGUCGGCCUUAUCAGAGGGAACUGAACUGACCUCUUAUUUGUGCGUACGGGUAUCAGGACUGUCCCUUAUUUAGUCCACAUGUGUAAAAGAAGAACAAGUCAGACAUCUGUUGCUGAGGUUCUGUAUGAGUGUGUGUGUUGUAGAUGUACAUGUUUAUGUAUGUCCAUGUUCGUGCACAUAGUGUGUUUUGGUCUGAGUUGGAAAUCUUGGGCACAAAGGGAGGGUGUGUCUCGGUGAGCUGCACCUGCGUAUAUAUCAGGUGGAGUUUCGUCUGGACGGCCAAUGCUGCAUGACCCCCGACCCCCCCACCCCACCCCUCCAGCACACAACCCCUGAGCUGCUUUGGGAUUGCUAUGGUGAUAUAAGUUGAAGCUGCUGCUAAGUCUCUCACUCUCACUCAGUCACACUAACUCUGGUGGGCCCUUUGAGGAGAGGAAAGGGACCCGCAAGCCUUCUCUAGAGUUGUUAUCAAGGAGUCAGUUAUGUUCUUUUGGAAUGAUGUACAAAGGAUUGACAUAAGUUAGAUGUGUCUGUCUGUCUCUUUCUCUCUCUCUCUCUCUCUCUCUCUCUCUCUCUCUCUCUCUCUCUCUCUGUGUGUGUGUGUUGGGGGCUUUCUGCUGGAAGCUGGACACUUUCAGGACUCAUGUAGGUCAAGUUGUGACAGCACCCUUGUUAUCCUGCUGUUGGAUCACUGAUUUUUCCCCCCAUGUGUUUUUGCCUCAGCCAUGUUUCUGUUCCAUGUCCAUUUUAUAUUCCCUUCUCUGGCCAUAUUUGUAGUUUUGUAAGAUUUUCUUUUGUUCAAUGUAAAAUGGUUGUCAGGGGUCGCCAGUAUGAGUGCUGUUGCCUCUUAUCCACGUUCAGACUCGAGACACUUGAACCGUUCAGGGCAUAAGGCCCAAGAUGACCCAAAGUAAUAGUGGAAGAAUGCCCAGCAGUUCAUUCUAAUGCAUCUGUUAUGAAGGUUAUGUAUCCAAGUUAUAGAAGUGCAGUUGAGGGUUGCUUGGUUACGUAUGUUGAACGAAUACUGGUGUGUGUGUAUAUCUUUUUUAUAUAUUCUUUGUUUUAAAUUUUUUAUCCUUUUUUUAUCCUUUUGAACUUCCUUUGUUAUUGUUAUUAUUUUUCAUGUAUCUGUCAAGUUAAUACUGAGAUUGUUAUUACUGAGUUGUACUUAUUCCUGUUUUGACUGUGUGCUUUCUUUGUGUUUCGUGGCUAUUUUGACACAUUUCCCUUUGCCAUAGUUUUAUAACCAAUGUUGAGUUCAAAAACACAGAUUUUAAUGGGAGUGAACACUGUACCUUCUUGACGAAUGAUGUUCUCACUCAAGAGUUUUGAAUAUGGUAUGCUGAUCAGAUGUGUAGUAGUGUCAUACUAAAGGUCCCUCAAAUGAACUCACAGGAAAACUUGACUGAGCAGUGAGCCAAAAACAAGUCCCUUGAAGGGACUUUGUUGAUCGGCCUAUCGGGUUGAUCAUCUGUUCAUCUGACCACCGUCAGUCAGAAUGAAGGGGCGGUGCCAGGUUGAGCUGUGUAAAGGUUAACCAGAAACAUAAGGAGAAGUUUAGGUUGAAUGAUCAGUAAACAACCCAGUUUCCUUUUCAUCUGUAGAAGCGGAGAACUCUCUUUGCUUUUAUAGGGUCAGUAUUUGCUUAGCUGUAGUAGAGGUAUAGGAAGUGGGUGUCGGUUAAGUCACUUGCUCAGUGACCUGUUAUUUGAGCUUAUUUCUUGCCAUAAUAUGCUGGCGUUGCCUUGGUAAUGUCAGGGGAGGAGAGAGAUCAAUCAGGCGAAUUAGCUGCCAAAUGUCUUGGUGGGUGCACUCAAUGGUCUGCUGCAUAUCGCUCCUUUACAUGAUCACUAUGGGGUAACCCUCAAACACACAUACUGGACAUUCCUGUUCUUCUACUUUUUGACAUUAUGCCAGAAAAAAAAAGUUUGUCAAUAAAUGAUACACAUUAUGUAACUACUAAAUGGCUUGUAUGGUGAGUGAUCAGUCAAUAUGGACCCUGAUUUGCAGUGGGGGCACUGUGGCAUUGCAGUUUUUAUUCAUCUCAUGUACUCAAUGACAUACAAGCGGCCUUAACGUUUACAUGCUGGUAUGGAUCUCAGAAAUGUAUAAACAAAAUCAAUGGGGUUUGCUUUAUAUUGCUUUAAAUGUACAUGUUCAAAGAGAAAUAUAUUGAUGGUAUGCCAUGAUUUAUUCACACACCUGAACAUCAAACAUGGGUUACCAAAGUCUGUGUCUGUUUUAAUUUGGGUUUUUUUAAGGGUUUUUGUUUUGUUGUUCAAAUCUUUCCAAACAUACAUUCCUUUUGCCUGAGAAUGGUUUGUGAAUAUCUGCCAUAUGGGACUUUUAUGCCUAUUUAUGAAAUGCGAUAUGGAAUCCCCUCAUUAAAAAAAAGAAUGGUUCUGUAUAA